GACUGGAGCGGCUCCCUAGUACUCCCGCCCGGCCUGGGACAGCGAGCGCGGAAAGGAGGCGGGUCCCUGCGGGGGGCGUCACUUCCUGGGCCCAGGCGGGGCGGUCACAGUGCUGGCGGAGCUGUUAUUCGCAGCCCCCCGCCUCGGCGUGGCUGGUUCCCCUUAACAAGCCGCCGGGGUGACGUGCGCAGCCGCCCAAUCCCCGGCGAGGCCCAGGGCGGAGCUUCUCCCCCUUCCACCAGCAGGCGCUGCGCCAGCGGCAGUUGUUCACUGUGAAGACCAUAGCUCUAUAAAGGAAAAUGUCUUUUUUCCCAAAAAUAUUAUUGCUACCUGAAGUUGAAGGAUACCUCAACAAUGUAUUUAGAAAUCAGGAGCUUGUAACUGCUUUGGAUGCACAGGAAGCAGAGAAAAAGUAUGAAUCUCUGUUAAGUCAUCUGCCUCAUCCACCAGCCUUCACAACUGUUAGAGUUAACACUCACUUAACCUCAGUUAAACAUGUGAAAAAUCUGUUGUUUGAAGAGAUCCAAAAGCAGUUUAAAGGUCUUAAUGUUCCAAUCCUUGAGCAUCCAGAACUCCAGGACAUUUUGCUAAUUCCUGUCAUUGGACCCAGGAAGGAUCUACAACAGCAGUUAUCUGAGGUCAUUGUCGGAGCCCAGUGUGGGAAUGCAGUUCUCCGUGGUGCACAUGUCUACGUCCCUGGAAUCAUCUCUGCUUCAAAAUUUAUGAAAGCUGGAGAUAUGGUCUCUGUAUACUCCGAUAUUGAAGGGAAGUGUAAAAGAGGAGCCAAAGACUUCCUGGGAACAAAAGUUUUUCUUGGAAAUGGGAUUUCUGAACUAAGUCGCAACGAAAUUUUCAGUCCAAGUGGCCCACUGAAGGGGAUGGGCGUAAGAAUGACAGACCCAGUCUAUCUUAGUCCUUCAUUUGACAAUGUGUUAUCCAGUUAUUUGUUUUUACAGAACUUACCCUCUGCAGUUGUGAGCCACGUUCUAAACCCUCAACCAGGAGAGAGAAUUUUGGACAUGUGCGCUGCACCAGGGGGGAAAACAACCCAUCUUGCAACAUUAAUGCAUGAUCAGGGUGAAGUCAUAGCCAUGGAUAAGAUUGCUAGCAAGGUCAAAAAAAUUACACAGAAUGCUGCAUUAUUGCAGCUGAACUGUAUUAAGGCAUUUUGCUGUGAUGGAACUAAGGCAUUUGCAGUUAGGAAGACAGAGGACACAGAAGGACCUCCAUUCUUGGCAGAGUCAUUUGAUCGAAUUCUUCUUGAUGCUCCCUGUAGUGGGAUGGGACAGAGACCUAAUAUGGCUUAUUCCUGGACUCUAAAGGAAGUGACCUCCUACCAGCCCUUACAACGGAAGCUUUUCACUGUGGCAGUGAAACUGCUGAAGCCAGGGGGUAUUUUGGUGUACAGCACAUGUACAAUUACACUAGCUGAAAAUGAGGAGCAGGUUGCUUGGGCUCUGGAAAAUUUUCCCUGCCUCCAGCUUCAGUCCCAGGAACCACAUAUUGGAGGAGAAGGCAUGAUGGGAGCUAGACUGUCACUGGAUAAGUUGAAGCUGCUGCAGAGGUUUGAUCCCUCCAAUGUCACUUUACAGAGAAUGCAUAUUAACUCCUUGCUGGAUGCCAAGGAAGAGGAUCUGAUUCAUCUGGCAAAUAAGGACUGUAUAGGAUUUUUUAUAGCAAAAUUUAUUAAAUUGAAUGUUAAAUAGGUAUUUUGCAACACAACCCCAAAAAUACCUUUGUAGGUUAAGAAUGGUUCAAACGUUAACCAAAUUUCUUACUACUGCAAUGUUGUCAGGCCAACAGGAUGACGACAUGGUUGCUAUGGAAGCAGUAAAAUCUGCCAGCUGUUCUGCUGGGAGAGAGCCACAGGUUGGAGAAAGAAAGUCACAGUUGGGGGAGGGGUAUUUUCAUUUUGAAGUCUCCAUUUGCUUUUCAGUUUGCAGCCAGGCAGUAUAGGAAAGAGGAGUAAAUGCAUUCAGAUUGCUGCUCGCUUUGUUUUGGCAGGAUGAUUUCAUUGUACAGUAUUGCAAACACGUAGGAACAAGCUUUUGCUUGUUUUUUUUCUUAUGGGUAUUUAAGUUAUUUUAUAAAUUGCAAAAAAUGAGAUUUAAUACAUUGAAAAUAGUAAAUCAGAUUUUGCAGAAAUGGUGGUUUCUGCGGGAGUUUGUAAACUGAUAUGUCAUUAAGUAUUGCUAAGU